UGAAAGUGGUCCAGACAGUAGCCAAUCCCAAAGCAGGGUCCGGGAAGAUGACGUCGCUUGUUUUAGGCGCAGCGGCGCGUCCAUGUUUGGAUUCACUUUAAGUGAAGCGAGUCAGAGAGCGCAGUGCCACUGAGCCCCUGUGGGACACUAGAGAGGGUUGGAACUGCUCCGGCUCGGGGUUCCCAAGCUGACCAGUGGAAAUAAUAUGCGUCUAGGAUCGAGAAUUGGUCACAAGUACAACUAGCGCGUCGGGACAGACUGUAGUCGUAGAGAAAGUGUGGCGAGAUGAACAGGCGCUGAAACUCCGGGUGCACAGAGCCAGUGGAAACGCUCUCCAAACUCCAAACCCAAAGCACGCUUAGACAGCAAGCAGACACGGAAAUGAACCUUUCUGCUGUAAUGAAAGCAUUUCGCUUUCUGCUUAUGCUGAGGACAUUUAACACGCCGUUAUAGAAGAGAGACCGGGGAUGUCCGUUACGCACGGGUGUCUGUACUACCCACUGGAUCGUUUUGGUUUGUAAUACCCGGGGAGGUGAUUGGGCUUGUUUGGGUUGUGUCCCAAUACAAUAUCUAACUCAAAUCGGAGGGUCAGACUGGAUGUACAGCUGCGCUAUGUGUGGCCACGUUUCCUGGUGCGGUGCGCAAUCAGCGCGCAGAGGAUUUAUCUGGGAAACCGUGACGUCCUGCAAAUUUUAACAAAGUUGCUCCACUGCUAAAAGGGACUAAAAUAAAAGCCACGAUGACCUUCUUAACUUUUUGGAUAUUGUUUCCUCUUCUGGAUGUACUACAUGUGUCUGUAUGUGCUGAGCUGGCGCAGACUCGAGCAUCCCGGCUGGAUUGUGUCCGGGCUCAUGAGCAGUGCCUGGGCCGUUAUGGCUGCAGCUCAGCUUUCCGCACAAUGAGGCAGUGUUUGGCGGGUACAGGGGGCAACUUCAGCGCACUAACCGAGCCGGAGGCACAGGACGAGUGCAGGAAUGCCAUGGAGUCCAUGAGACAGAGCUCUCUGUAUAACUGCAAAUGCAAGAGAGGCAUGAAGAAAGAGAAGAAGUGCCUGCGCAUCUUUUGGAGUGUCUAUCACAGUUUACAGGGCAAUGAUUUGCUGGAGGACUCUCCAUACGAGCCAGUGAACAGCCGUCUGUCUGACAUAUUCCGCUUGGCUCCCAUCAUAUCAGGUGAAGCAGCUUUUAGCAAGGACAACAACUGCCUGAAUGCAGCCAAAGCCUGCAACCUGAACGACACGUGUAAGAAAUACCGCUCGGCCUACAUCAGCCCAUGCACCAGCAGGGUCUCCACCACUGAGGUGUGCAACAAGCGCAAGUGUCACAAAGCCCUGCGCCAGUUCUUCGACAAGGUGCCAGCCAAGCACAGCUAUGGCAUGCUUUUCUGUUCGUGUCCGUCUGGAGAACACUCGGCGUGCUCAGAGCGCAGACGCCAGACCAUCGUGCCAGCAUGCUCCUAUGAGGACAAGGACAAGCCCAACUGUCUGUCCCUGCAAGCCUCUUGCAAGACCAACUACAUUUGCAGGUCUCGCCUGGCUGACUUCUUUACCAACUGCCAGCCUGAGGCUCGUUCGAUAUCCGGCUGCCUGAAGGAAAGCUAUGCUGACUGUCUGCUGGCUUACUCUGGCCUUAUAGGUACAGUGAUGACCCCGAAUUACCUGCGCUCAAGCAUCAGCGUGUCUCCCUGGUGCGACUGCACUAGCAGCGGCAACGGGAAGCCCGAGUGUGACAAGUUCUCGGAAUUCUUCACUAACAACCGCUGUCUCCGUAAUGCUAUCCAAGCAUUCGGGAACGGUACAGAUGUUGGUGUGUGGCAGCCUCAGCCGCCCAUCCAACCAACUGGUCAUUCCAGCACUCCUCAGAGAGGAAAAGAGAGGACAAUUAAUGGACUGGAUGACCCAGCUUUCGCUAAUGAACUGGACCCCAGCAGUGGUCACCACCUCUACAGCUUCUGUGGAAACCUCCAGGCGCAGAAGCUAAAGGUGAACGUCACAGUGGAUGUUGUGUGUGUGGACCCUCCUCUGGCUGACCCAAGUAGCUUCAACGCUAUAUCAGGAAGCUCAUCCAGCCUCGUCCACUCAUUCGCCAUCCUCUUUGUUCUCCAGCUCUUGAAUUUGUAGCCGCUCUCAGUUCCAGACUGCCCCUGUACCAUACUCACAGCUCCUCUAACGCAACUGAUGCUGUACCAAGUGUGAUGUCUAGAUGUGCUAAAGCCACUUUCCUUUUUGAUUCCUGAUGGACAAAAACAGAGACAGUGUUACUGACAUGGAAAUAAAAGGUCACUGAUCAAAAAAAUGAAGUGGACACCUUUGUCACUAUUUGCUCUCAAUGUGGUAACUUGUGUUGGAAAUUAUAUUUUGUUUUGAAGGUUUAUUCAUCCAUGGUGUUGAAAAGGAGUUGCGGAGAAAUAUAAGGAUCAUUAAAUGCAUUAAGAUGGACCCCCUACUGCAGCAAGUCCCUUUUGGCUAAUGGGAAAAGACUCUACAAUUUACAGAUGUUAAUUUUCCUAGAGACAAGCUUGUAAACUCUUGCGCUCAGCUGUCCAUGCUACAGCCAAAAUCCCACAUCUCUCAGAAAAGCAUCUGCCUUCUAAUCCAGUCCAUUAGCUCUUUCAACAUGAGCAGUUGUGGUUUCCCCCGUGUGUCUCCAGCAUGGCCCUGAUACACACUGAGCCUUAGGGCAAAAGCAUGAGACAGGGAAAAAAAAAAAAAAAAAAAACCUUCAGGACUAUUUUACAAACAGGGGAAUUUUUUUCUGCUCAGUGUUGCUCAAGUAAGAUUUAAAGGCCAAAUGUUCGGCAUCAAUUGCAUUUUCGAAGGAGAAACAUUUAUCUACUCUGCUUUUAAAAUGCCACGUUUUGUUUAGGAUGUCUUUUAAUUUAUCUGAACACAAAUUUAGCACAUUUAUGCCAUGAUAUGACCACUGCUGGGUAAAAUAUCACCUGAUGUGUUUUAAGUGUGUACAUUAAUGUUCAAAAAAGAGACAAAGAUUUGAAUGUUAAAAGCCAUUGAAUUUGUAGUAAUGAAUUUGCCUCAAGGUUUGAUGAUGUGAUGUGCAUUCUGAGAUGCUUUUCUGCUCACCACGGUUGUAAAGACUGGAGCCUUCCUGUCAGCUGGAACCAGUCUGGCCAUUCUCCUCUGAUCUCUCUCAUCAACAACUGGCUGUGUUUUGGUUUUCGCAGCAUUCUGUGUAAAAUCUAGUCACUGUUGUGUAUGAAAAUCCCAGGGGAUCAGCAGUUUCAGAAAUAUCCAACCAACCAUGCCACAGUCUGUCACUGAGACCAAAAUUUUUCCACAUUCUGAUGUUUGAUGUGAACAUUAAAUGAAGCUUUUGACCUCAUGAUUUUAUGCAUUGCACUGCUGCCACAUGAUUGGCCAAUUGGAUAUGUGCAUGAAUUUGCAGGUGUACAGGUGUUCCUAAUAUAGUGGAUGGUGAAUGUAUUUCAAUGCUAUGUAUUAUUCAACGGUGUAUAAAAAAUGUUUUAAUUAAGAAUUCAGUUUCUUUUAACACUCAAAUCUUCAGGUCUCUUUUUUUUUUUUGCUUCUUUAUUAAAUCAAAGCAAAGGUCACCAUACAAAAGGUUGAUGAUGGGUGAUCUAGAGAACCCCUAUGUAUAAUGUGCUGUAAAGUAAGUGAACAUGGUUUCUCUCCCUUUUAGAUGAGGUGUUCAAAACAUUUCAGCAUUGUUGUGGUACCGUGAACUGUUAAAAAAAUAAAAUGAAAUAAAUACACGUGUAUAAUAGGGCUGUAAGUAGUGAUACACUGAUGAAUACAUUAAAAGAAUCAAGGAAGAGCCUUUAA